CAUGGAUAAGAAGCUUGCUCUCGUCCUUGCUGCCUCCCUCGUAGUUGCUGCAAGGGGUGAGCACUCCUGUUGAAGACCAAGCCAAUCAUCAAGAAUCGCCACUCGUGCGAUUCACUCCUUUCGCCUGCUUGCUGUGUGUCUGCAGCCGACCCCCCUGCUUGCGGGAGGGCCCUUCAGGAUUGUUCGGAGACUAAAUGCUGCGAAGACUACGGAUACACGUAUGUAUCUGUGUAGAUACUUGUCUGCCAGUCAUGUCUCUCUGUCUUUCUGUCAUGUUCGCUUCUUUGUCUGCGUAGCUGCAAGGAGAAAGACGCUGUAAGCACGUCGUAGAAAACCGCAGUAGCCCUUUCCUGACUCUUUACGUCGCCUUUGCACAGUUUUUUUCCCAGUGCCGUCCCAUACUCGAGUCAUGCCCCCCCGGCAGUGCCAACUGGACGUGUGUUGACAAAGAGCAGACCCUCUCCGGCCCCAAGCUGCACACAGUCGAAUUCGCACUCCUCUACGAUGAGCAGUUCCCGGACAAAAAGGGAGACAUCUAUCUGAAGACGCCGUUGGUGCGCAGAGGAGGGUUGUAUGGCAACUGACCCGUUUCAAUUUGUUGCUGAGGAUGGAUUGCUGUGUGUAUGUUUCGUGCAGUACCAGAGCCGUCAUCAGAUCAUGUACCAGCAGAAUGAGGUCAACGACUUCACCUUCCUGGCAACAGCCUCGCAAGACACUACAUCCGUCCUUUUCGGUCAGAGAAACGCCCCACCUGACAACGCCCCUCAUACGUCUUGCUGAUUGUCAACUCUGAUCAGAGUUGCUUGACUGGCACCGUAUGACCAUCAUGUCAGCUGAUGGCCGCUCCCCCAAUGGCGACCAGAGUCGCCCCUACUCGGCGUUUGGGAAGACUGUCACCUCCCUUGCGGACGAGGAGCCCAAGGCCAAGUACAUGGGCGCACCCGACUGGGUCAAGGAGCUCGAUGGAUGCGGCGGCGGAUACAGACUGAGGGGAACCCCAUACACUGCCCUGGGCGAGCCGGGAGUUCCCAAAUACCUGUCGGGUGAGGGGCCUUCGUACAUGGCUGUGAGUGUCAUGUAAUUGUCUUUGUGCCGAGUCGUUUCAGUCAAGUUCCUCCCGGACUGUGGAUGCAUCGACUACGGUGAGAAGACAAUGCCCUCACGCAAACAGGGGACCUUGACACACCAUCAUUCCCUGUUACUCAGAGCCCCUGCUGAGAGGCCUCGAGUUGGUUGUGCUCGACGAUGACGGCCGGCCAGUUGCGCCGCCCACCGGCGCCAUGCGUCAGCUAUUUGGCGCAAGCAUCGUUCCUGACGCGGACAAGACCAGUCUCCGCAAGAUGCAGAUGACCAACGCGUACGGUGAGGAGCUCACCGGUAUCGCCAGCACCAUGCUCAUGCACGGAUUCACAUAUGUCCUCGACGCCAACAAGGUCGUUUAUGACCGACGCCGCUCACCAUCACCUUCCAUGUGGAUUGUGGAUGUUGCGUGUAGGCAUGGCCGGGCACGAAAUUCACAUUCAAGGCGUCUGAGUGCAGGACGCUGACUGUGGACACUAUCUCGAAGGUGGAGUGGAGCAUCUUGGACAGGCACCGCAACGUCAUCCAGACCGAAAGUGUCGGCAACACCGGAUUUGACGAAUCAUCGUACGACCAGACACUAUCCUGUGUAACGCAGAGAGCAUCCCAUUACAGUGUCUUGCGCAUGUUCCGUACAGUCCGUAUACGUUGUAUGGCGACGACAACGGCGAGAAAUACACGCCCAUCCCCGACUGGAUGAUCAACAGCGGUGGCACCUUCUUCAUUCGGGCACUUCCAUGGGACACCCAGGGCAAAGCCGGGCCCACGGACACCGCACAGGACAUCAAAAGUAACAAAACCUGAAGCCUCCAUCAAAUGGCCAUGCAUGCAUGCAUGCAUCAGAGACGCUUUGAUGUGGAAAUGCAUCGACGACUGCCUUUGUCUGAUAUGUGUAUCUUCUUUA